UACGAUCUAUCACAGAAUAUUUCAGAAGCUCUUCAGACGGAGGCUUUGUAGUAGCUAGAAGGUUUCCAUUGAAGAUGUUUCAAGACACUGUGUAUACUAAGAAUAUCGAUGAAUCUGGCGAGGGGUGGAAACUAGUUGAAAAAAUAAAUGUCGAAAAGAUCGAGAAUCUUGCUGCGAGCCGUGGUCGAGAACGUUUCAUAAAUCAAGAAGGCCAUAAUGAAGAGAAAUAUUGGCCGCUGGCCGAGCAACCAAAAAGCAAUUUGUAAGAUUAAUAUCUGCAGAUUUUGGAAGGCGGCGCAAGACAAUACAAUAUUAAUCUUAGAACUAUCUAGAUACCAGGCACUUUCCGUCCUAGUUGCCAACAGAAUUGCGACGCCGACUAUUUGGUCGUAUCUCUGGAAAC